AUGUUGUCGCAGCCCAUUCUUAAGGGCCGAAUUGGCAAAUGGAUCUUGGCUCUUUCAGAAUUUUCUUUACAAUAUGUGCCUCAAAAGGCUGUGAAGGGUCAAGCCAUCGCGGAUUUUCUAGCACAUCAUCCCAUGCUAGAUGCUCCAGAGCUUCGCGAGCUUGAGGUCGCGGCAAAUUUAUGGGGAAAGGAAUGUCAUAUACAUUGCCCCGAACCUUUCACUGAUGGCCAGGCAGCGGUCAUGUUACAACCGUGGGUAUUGUACUUUGAUGGUUCCCGAACAGAUACCAUGGCCGGAGCAAGAAUCACACUGGAGAAUCCGGCUAGAGAUCACCUUUCUUACUCAUUCCAGACACUAGAACUGUUGGACCAGUUUAAUGACGUGGAUCUUGAGCACAUUCUUCGCGAACAAAAUUUCGCCGCGAACAAGUUUGCCCAGCUGGCAACAGGGGUAACGCUGAGAUAUGGUGUGCGCGAGAGAAUAUUGAAAGUAGAGGGUCGAAUGCUUCCUUCUUGGAUGACCGCGGAUAGAAGGAUUAGCUACCUUGCCCUCAACUAUUUCCUUAGAAAUAAUGAGCUGCGUAGAAGAGGAGAAGAUGGAGUAGAUUUCAGGUGUGUUUAUGGCAGCGAGGUGAAACAGCUCAUGCGAGAAGCUCACUCUAGCAUAUGCGGCGCUCACCAGGCAGGUCCAAAGAUGCGUUGGUUACUUAGACGACAUGGAUAUUUUUGGCCCAGUAUCUUGAAGGAUUGCAUCAUGUUCGCUAAAGGUUGUUUGGACUGGCAAGCUCAUAGGCCGGUCCAGCAUGUCCCAAAUAUUCCAAUGCAGCCCAUUAUAAAGCCUUGGCCUUCAAGAGGAUGGGCGCUGGAUUUAAUUGGAAUGAUUCACCCACAUUCAUCACUUCAACACAAGUUCAUCAUUGUCGCAACUGAUUUCUUUACAAAGUGGGUUGAAGCAAAACCUUUGAAGGAAACAUCUGGUGGCACGUUGCGACAAUUCCUGUUCAGAAACAUCAUUUGUAGAUUUGGUAUCCCAGAAGUUUUUGUUUCGGACCGAGGGGUAGCUUUCAUGGGUAGUGAAGCUGAUAAACUGCAUAAGAUACUUUAUGAGACUCUUUGGGCCUACCGCACAUCUAAGCGGAAUCCCACCGCGACAACACCUUAUGCUUUGAUGUUUGGCCAUGAUGCAGUCCUGCCUUUGGAAGUCAACGUCCAAUCAUUACGAGUUCAAGAGCAACAUCAUCUCAUUGGAGAAGACUACAUUCAGGCUAUGUGGCAGGAACAUGAAGACCUUAGCGAAAAGCGCUUGGAGGCUUUAGAUGGUUUGGUCAUGGAAAAGCAAUGA